AUGGCGAAUGCACGGUGCCGGCAGUCCUCCCAGCCUUGCCCCAGCAUUCUCCUGCGCUUCCUUAUGUCUCCGUCGCAGAGUCGCUCUCUAUCUCACUCUCCAAUAAGGUGUGGGGUUGACGAAGUGGGAGGGGAGUCCUCCACGUUUGCGGCUGCCAGCAUCGUUUCAGCUCCUUUUGGCAAUGCAUCUGAAUGCGAACCGUACGAGGAUGAUCGUCGUACACCGCUGAGAAGCGAUUGGAAUGUCAACACCUGGCUGGACAGGCUCCACUUGUUUCCCAGCACCCCUCGCGAUGACACUACUGUUGACCACGAAAGCAAGCAUGAUCAAACGAGGGAGACAAUGCCGCCCCCUACAUCACCCACUGAAGAAGUUACGAUUACCCCAGAUGAUAUCGUCAUUGCUGUCAUGGGCCCCAGUGACUCGGGGAAGACCACAUUUAUCGACCGCGCAGUCGGAAGACCCGAUGUAGGCUGUGGAUCGACUUCCUGCACAAAGGAAGUGCGCCCUGUCCGAUAUCCCCACUCCGAUGACGGUCGCAACAUUAUCUUGGUUGAUACACCAGGGUGCAAUGAUACAUUCAUGCCAGAUUUCCAGGUUCUUGGGGAAAUCACACAGUGGUUGAAUGCGAUCUACAGCAAAAACGUCAAAUUGAGCGGCAUCCUGUAUUUCCAUCGAAUUUCGGACCACAGAAUUAGAGAAGCCCCGUCAAGGAGCUACAAAAUCUUCAAAGAGCUUUGUGGCAGAGAUACCUGCAAGAAUGUCAUAUUCGUUACCACAAUGUGGGACGAAGUAUCAGAAGAGGUUGGCUCGCAGCGUGAACAGGAACUGCAGUCUGAUUUCUGGCGAGCAAUGAUCAAGUUGGGAUCGACCACUCACCGCUUCGAAGGGACUACCGAAUCUGCUCGGAAAAUAAUCAAUUCCGUCUCUAUUUCACCGCCGGCUGAGCGCCGCCCACUUCAAAUCCAGCGGGAAAUGGUAGAUAAACACCUACCACUUCACAAAACAGCUGCAGGGAGAACAAUUUUAGAUAGGCUUUUCAAUCUCAUGCCUCGUUCCGAGGGGAUUUUCGCACGGAUUAAAAAGGGUACGAAGAGAACGAGUUUUCGGACGCCGAGUGUCACCCUCACCUAUGAUCCCACCGAUACCCAGCCCGUUGGGAUGGGAAUAAGCAGUUCCGGGGCUUGUAGCGUGCAAGGUUACCGGAGUGCUUUGACUCAGGUAAUAUUCACCUUGCAGGCCGCCGUUAGCGCUCCAGAACUUGUCCGUAUCCAUUACCCGAUCGCUCCGUGUCUUGAAAUUGCUCUGUUCAUUGAGUCCAUGCCGGAAACGCACCACGCACUUUUUCAAGUUUUAGAGACUGCUAUACCACUGAUCAAUGUGACCAUUUACCGUGCAAAAGAGGCAAGGUUAACGCGAGAUGUAAAGGCAGCAGUCGACGAGUUUGCAAAGGAAAUGAACCAUGUGCAUGAAAUCAUCCAGGAUCUCACCAAAAGGACGCCUGAAGCACGACGUAUCCUUCAAUCGACAGAUGCCCGUAUUAUUUCUUCCUGCGCAAAGUCGAUACGGCUAUUGCGCGAGGUCCUUUCAUCGGCAUCCUCCAUAAAAUACGACCUCCGUAGUGUGGAUGAUGGUUUGGGGGCCUUGAAGCGGGGCUUGGAGAUUGUUGGUAUUCUCUCGUUAUCGGCCCUCGGAGUGGUUAUCUUAACAGUAUCGAUUAGGACAAUUGCAGCUGUGGCAUUCCCACAGAGCCAGAGCAAGCCCUCUCGCCCUAAAUGUUGGUUGUGACUUGGAAAUGCGUGAAUCUCUCACAAACACCAUUGCUCCAUCUCCAUAAGCCGUAUUAACUGAUGUUCAUACACAUUCAUUCUUCCGCCCCUAGUUGUGGUGCACAAAAUCAUGUUGCCACCCUACACG